AUGGCGCAACAAAACAGCAACUCCACCCUGGAAAUGGGCACCAGUGAUCAGGGUUUAGUUGCGGCUAAGAAGACAAAACGAGUGACAUACGCUGUGGGUGCCGUCGCUAUGUUAGCAGCAAUCGGUGUGAUCAUAACUCUUGCAGUAGUAUUAACAGGAAAUGACGGAGGAUCAGCAGAACCUAUCAUAGCACCGACAGAAGGUCCUACGAUACCCACAACUGUAGUGACACCACCAACAAUAAGUACACCAGUAGAACCACCAGUAACAACAACAACCUCAACAACUCAAGCUCCCACAACAGAGCCUGAUGAUGAAAUUGGUUUAGAAGAAAUAGUUCUUGGAGCAUACGCAGCACAACCGUUUAAUGGCACUUGGGUUACAGAUAGUGAAAUUUUGUUAAGAAAUAGCAACGGCGAUUUGAUUCUAUAUGAUAUUAUUACUAAGACUCCAGUUAUUCUUGUGGCAAAUACUUCUCAGAUUCUACAACAAUCCUCGCAAGAAACACGGUUGUCCCCAGAUGGAAGAUUUGUCGUUCUGUCCUUUGAUGAAGUUACGAUAUACAGAUACAGUUUUGAAGCUCGGUACGCGGCCAUUGACAUACUUACCCAUGAAAUCAUUUAUAUAGUUCCUCCAGGAGUUGAAGUUCAGAAUGCGACGUUACAGAACAUCAUGUGGGGUCCUUCAGGCACUGCCUUGAUUUUUGUGUAUGAGAAUAAUAUUUACUACCAAUCGUCUUUAACAAGUCCACCCCAGCAGGUCACGACUAAUGGAGUAAAGCACGUCGUAUACAACGGCGUGCCUGAUUGGGUAUAUGAAGAGGAGAUAUUCGGAGACAAGAAAGUCAUUUGGUUUUCGAGCAAUGGUGCUAAAAUUGCUUAUGCUACAUUCGAUGACACUGAUGUACGCAUAAUGAAGAUCCCGCAUUACGGUGUACCUGGCUCCGUAGACUCCCAAUACACUAGUCACAGAGAUAUUCGUUAUCCUAAGACUGGUACCACGAAUCCAAAUGUAACUGUUAGUAUUUGGGAUACCGCCGCUAAUACUAAUGUUACAUUUGCUGCACCGACGAAUCUCAAUGAGGCAAUCUUAAAAGCUGUAGCGUUCGUUGGAGUUAAUUCAAUCGCUAUUAUGUGGACCAACCGCGUGCAGAACACACUGCAAGUAGACAUCUGCAAUGACGCAACGAGUACAUGCGCUACGAUAUACACAUACACAGAAGCGAAUGGUUGGAUCGAUAACAUUCCAAUGAUUUUCAACGAGCAAGGCAAUGCUUUUCUCACCAUCUUGCCUGAGAGCGUAAAUGGCGUCCGUUAUAAACAAAUUAUACAAGUAUCUCAAGCUAAUAACGUGUGGACAUCCAGACGUCGUACUAAUGUGGCUCAUACUGUACAAGAAAUAUUAUCGUGGACUCCUGCCGAUACUAUUUGGUAUAAAGCAACCAGUGAGAAUGACACAACAGAACAGCAUAUCUACUCGCUAUCUGCAACUGAUGAGUUGUCGUGCUUUACUUGUAACGUUGCACGAUCAGACGGGGGGCAGUGCUUGUAUAAUGAAGCCAAUAUCAGUCCCGGGUCCCGGAUUGCGAUACAUUGUGCAGGACCUGAUAUACCUCAAAUAUUUAUCUACGAUGUGAACGGCACAUUAAUUAAUGUAUGGGAGGACAAUUCAUUGAUCACGCAGUUCGCAUCAAAACUCACCAUGCCUAUAAAGUUGCGUAGAACAGUGCCUUUGGGCGUCGGCCUCCCGGACGCUGACGUCCUUUUAACACUACCAUCUAAUUAUUUAACUCGGUCUGAUGUACCGCUUUUGAUUUAUGUCUACGGAGGGCCGGACACGUCGGCGGUGACCAAGCAAUGGAGCAUCGACUGGGGGACUUCCCUCGUGAGCCGCUACGGCAUCGCGGUGGCGCGCGUGGACGGCCGCGGCUCCGGCCUGCGCGGCGUCGACCACGCCUUCGCCGUCAACCGCCGCCUCGGCACUGUGGAGAUUGAAGACCAGAUCGCUGUUGCUAGAUAUCUCCAACAAAACACACAAUGGGUGGAUCGAAACCGCACGUGUAUAUGGGGUUGGUCGUACGGCGGCUACGCGGCCUCCAUGGCUUUGGCUCGCGGCGGGGAUGUCUUUAGCUGCGGCAUUGCUGUCGCACCUGUUGUUGACUGGCGUUACUAUGACACCAUCUACACGGAGAGAUAUAUGGACGUUCCACAAAACAACGCUCAGAGUUACGUAAACUCUUCCCUUCUAGCUGAAGACGUGUUGGAGGGAUUUAUAAACAAAAAGUAUUUACUGGUCCACGGUACUGAGGACGACAACGUGCACUACCAACACUCUAUGUUACUAUCAAGAGCGCUUCAAAUACGAGAUAUCUACUUUAAUCAAAUGACUUACACGGACGAGGACCACAGCCUCAUCGGUGUAUGGUUGCACUUUUACCACUCACUAGAAAAGUUCCUGAAAGAAAACAUGUUUAAU